AUGGACCAAAUCGACACGCAUCCAGGGAUUCCUCUUCGAGCAUUGCAGGAACAACUUCAAAAGGACUUCGAGGUUGGUGUUUCUAUUGACAGAGUAUUCAGGGCCAAGGCUAUUGCAACUAAGAUCGUGGAGGGUGACUAUACGAAACAAUAUGAGAUCUUGAGGGACUAUAUCCUUGAAUUGCAAGCAACCAAUGUUGACACAACUGUCAAGAUUGAUGUUUACAGUGAACAAAACCCAUCAAACCCAACGAGGAGGUUUAAAAGAAUCUACAUUUUCUUAGGUCCCCUGAAAAAAGGUUUUAAGGCUGGCCUCAAGGAUCUUUUGGGUUUCGAUGGUACGCAUAUGAAAGGGCCAUUUCCUGGGCAGGUUCUAACAGCAGUUGGGUUGGACUCUAAAAAUGGUAUUUACCCCCUUGCUUAUGCCAUUGUUGAGACAGAGAAUAAAAGUAGUUGGGUAUGGUUCUUGCAGUGUUUAGGAGAAUACUUGGAUCUUGGUUCAAACUCUAACUUUACUUUUAUCACAGAUCGACAAAAGGGUUUAAUACCAGCAAUAGCCCAACUAUUCCCAUGUGCUGAGCACAGAUGUGCAACUGCAACCACUGUACCUAAAUUUGAACAUUGCAUGAAAGAAUUUAGCAACUAUGACAAGGAGGCAUGUGAAUGGCUUAGAAAGAUUCCUCCAAAACACUGGGCAAGAAGCCAUUUUACAGGCAGAGCAAUCUCUGAUAUACUGUUAAACAACCUUUGUGAGAUAUUUAACGGCAAGAUAAUAGAGGGAAGAGAUAAGCCUAUCAUAGGUUGUUUGGAGUAUAUUAGACAAUACCUGAUAAAGAGAAUCUGUAAUGUUAUGAAGGUGAUGGACAAGGAUAAAGGGCCUUUAACACCCACUGCAACAACCAUAUUGGAUGUAAACAAGUCUCAUGCAUCACAUUACAUUGCUAGGUGGAAUGGGGGUGAGAAAUACCAAGUCACUGGGGCAUGGCAAGACCAACAUGUUGUAGAUGUAAACACAUGUACUUGCAGGAAGUGGGAGCUAAUAGGCAUCCCAUGUAAACAUGCCAUUGCAACCUUUUAUGAAAUGACCAAGAACUCAGAGGAUGUUGGUGACAUUUACAGGUGGGUCAAUAAGGUAUACUGGUUGGAUACAUGGAAGAAUGCAUAUUCCUAUAAGGUAGAGCCCAUAAAAGGAAGAAUAAUGUGGCCUAAAAGUUUGUGCCCCACCACACUUAUCCCUCCAAUACAUCAUAAGCAACCAGGUAGGCCUACAAAGAAGAGGAAGAAAAGUGAGGAUGAAAAAUUGAGUUAG